CACACACACACACACACACACACCCCCAGGGUGAUUGCUAUACAAAUUAAAUAUAGCUUCACUAAUCAGCUUGCUUCUCCUAAUCCCUCAUAGAAAUCUUGGAGCAGCCCUGGGGUGCAGUGAGGCCAGAUUCCAGGAAGGGAAUGGGUGGGAUGGGUCUGGGUACUGGUGAGCAGUGGGGAGAGUAAGUAGGUUAGCUUCUGGGCCAAGGAGGGCUCCUGGAGGCUUGUUCUGGGUAAAAGCUGGUCUCCUUGAACCUCGGAAGGUGGGGGAACCCACAUCCUGGUCUCACCCGCCCAACCGCCCACUCACCCUUGGGUUAGCAGCCAUCUAAGCCCCACCCUCCCCCUCACACGCUUAGCUAGCCUGCCACAAGCUAGCCCCUUGGCCUCCUAGAGACCCAGACAUCUCCACCAGCAGCAUCCAUCCUCUCUCCUCAGGGAGGCAUGCAUUUGAUGCUCGAGGUCCCUGGCAGUUGUGAUCCUUGGCAAGUGAUGUGUGAGUCCCGUGUGUCAUAGGAAGCUCCCCAUCCCCAUCUGGUGACCAAAGGCCUGGCUACAAGUAGUGAGUCCUCCCUCCUCCACCCAGACCUCACUGCUCAGAUCCCCUUCGCCAACUGGGACAUCUUCCGACAUGGCCUGGAUGCUGUUGCUCAUCUUGAUCAUGGUCCAUCCAGGAUCCUGUGCUCUCUGGGUGUCCCAGCCCCCUGAGAUUCGUACCCUGGAAGGAUCCUCUGCCUUCCUGCCCUGCUCCUUCAAUGCCAGCCAAGGGAGACUGGCCAUUGGCUCCGUCACGUGGUUCCGAGAUGAGGUGGUUCCAGGGAAGGAGGCUGAGCUGCACAUCUGGGACGUGCGAGGCCAUGACGCCAGCAUCUACGUGUGCAGAGUGGAGGUGCUGGGCCUGGGUGUCGGGACAGGGAAUGGGACUCGGCUGGUGGUGGAGAAAGAACAUCCUCAGCUAGGGGCUGGUACAGUCCUCCUCCUUCGGGCUGGAUUCUAUGCUGUCAGCUUUCUCUCUGUGGCCGUGGGCAGCACCGUCUAUUACCAGGGCAAAUAUGCCGAAUCUACUCUCUCCGGAUUCCCCCAACUCUGAACUCUCCCUUCCACCAGGUCUGACCUGGAAAGGUCCAAGAAGACAGCUUCCGGCUGUGGUCCCAGGGCCCCUCCCACCACCAUGUGGGAGCUCAGCACACCUGCUUCCCCCAGUCCCAGGAGUCUGAGCCUGAUUGUCCUGAGAAAUGGGAAGGAUCAGAUAUGACUCCUCCUUGGCAGCUGCCCUUUCCUGCCAGGCCCACACAUACCCUCUUCUGGCUGUUAGGGGAGCUUGGGUCCAUGAACACUGUCAUUCACGCAAUAAAUUACUAUUUGACCCCAGAGUGGGUGGA